AUGGACUCACCUCCUAAGCGACGGAGGACUGGCGAAGCAAUAAAUCCCUCUAUUGGCGCAAGUCAAAUUUUGCUACGGUCCCCGAGCCGCGCAUCGUAUCAAUCGCCCACGAGGGCGAGUCUGGCCAAAUCACAUUCCGAGAUACUCGAGCGCGCGAUCGGGAGGUCACCAAGCAGACAAUCACCCAUUCGAGGCAACCCCGAGAAAACCCUUUCUCAGGAUGAUGCGAGAAAUUUGGGUCUUCGCGGUCGCAAAGCACUUCGACCGUCAUUGAACCCGUCGAGCCCUCUGAAAGGGUCGCAAGCCUCAAGAUCUCCAAUGCUACUUUCUCCCAGCAGACGACCUAGCAAUAUCCAAGCAUUUUCCAAACCUCCACGUCGACUGUCACGAAAAAUUUCAGCCGCAGACUUUGUUUUUGGCUCUCCGAUUCGCAACGAGACACAGCCUUUGCAAGGUCUGUUGAAUUCUCCCGAAGACCAAAUUGAACACGCUUUGGGAACGGCUAUACAGGAAGAGGACGCGGGAGGAGAUGUGGGCUUUGACUAUGGCGAUGCCGAUUAUUCGCGCGACGAUGACACUCUUGAGCCGGACCUGCCCCCAACUCCUACGCAACUUGGGCUGGAGAGGGCGCCAGGUCGGCCGAGGGGCCUCUUGAGCAGCAGCCCGAGCUCUAGACAAGAGAGACGCAAGAAAAGAGCCGCCACUGAUUCUUUAUUGGGUGGCUCUGCGAAGAUUUCGAAGUCACAGACGUCCCGAGAGGAGACCUCUGAGAACGUUCCAGCAUUAGCACCUUUGGCGGAUGUGACCGCUGCAGUCGUUGAGAAGCAAAAGUCUCGAAAGGGACUGGAGGCGGAGCUACGUCGGCUGAAGUCCGAGGUAGCCGACAUGAACAAGUGGACUGAGAAGGUUGACUCGGGUCUUAUUCUGUCUCAUGAAUCUGAUGAGGUUCGCAAGUUGCUGAACCUUCUCAAAGAGGAAUCCACCCACAUCAGCCAGCCAGUAGCUCCACGGCCUCGCGCCCCUAUCUCUGCGCUCCUGUGUACACUUCUUCCAUUUUGCGGGAGGAUGCCCCGCCCAUCGUCUCCAGAAUUAUCCAUGCCAAAAAAUCCGUUUGCCCUGAAAGAUACUUCCAAAUCCGCAGCCUAUCUUACUUUGUUCGCUCCGUUGACGCUUCGAGCUACGGCCAGUCGCACGGCAUCGAAAGCAGCAUCCUUGUUAGAGACACACACGCUGACUUUCACCGCGCCAUCCCCAUUCCCAUCCUCGCUCUACAAUGUUUCCGUGGUUUACGAGACGAAUCCAGAGACACAGAAUGUUACAUCCGUUUCGGUUCCCACUGGCAAUGAUAGCAAGAAGAGAAAAGUCCCGACUGCGCUUCGGCAAUGGAUUGACGCCCGUUUGGAGAAUCCAUUACUCGCCUUGGACGUUGCCACUUUAUGCUGGGGCAUCAACCGCUACUGGGAAGCAUCAGUAGCUCGUGCCCGGCUUUGGGCUCGAAUCGAAGCCAAUCAUAAGGUUCAAUCAGGGAAACUGCCGAUACAGCCCUCCGUACAGAGCACGGACGGCAUCAUCUCAGCCACGGAGCUUCGAGGUCUUGUCCCGCAUCUGGGGCGCAGCGGCAUGGUGAUCAAACCUGCGGUUGCGAAUGGAAAUGGUCCUCGCGUGCUUUUGUCCAAUGUGCUGGUCAUGGACGAAUGGACCGGAGAGCCACAACUUGAAUCAGGAAUCAGCGUGACCACACCCAACACAACCGUUGACAGAAACAGGAGAAUUGGGCAGGAGACAAGGAAGUUGUUUCAGGCAUUACUACGUGAGGAAAAGGCCGCUUCUAUAUACGAACGGAAGAUUGGUGGCGUGCAUGCAGAUGCCAUUCUACGAGCAACGGAAGGUGCACUUGGGGCUCUGGAAGCGUCGCGCUGA